ACUAACAUCUAGCAUACGCAGAUUAACUUCCAGAGGACAGACUAACUGAAGACUCUCCCUUCAGAGCUCCUCUGAAGGAUGUCCACCGCUGUGCUUCACCGUAAUGGCCUCACAAUUACUACCCAGGUUCCCCUCCAACAAACAGUUCCAGGCACAUAUGGCCCUGCUAUGACAUCUCAACCGCUGACCAGUUUUGAGACAUUUUUCAGAGGUCAACCAAAAGCACUUGGGAAAGCACAAAUAGUAAUUGGAUGUCUGGCGCUUCUCCUUGGCUUUGUGUUAACCAUAAUGUUAAACUGGGCCCCUUACUAUCCCUAUGAAGUUCAUGACAACUGUCAGAGGAGCCUUUUCAUGCUGUGGGGGCCUAUAACUCACAUCAUUGUAGGUUGCCUUGGUUUUGUACAAGAAAAGCGACUCAGUGGAUGUGGGGUCAAAACCAUCCUUGUGAUGAAUGUGAUCAGUGCUGUAACUGCUGGGAUCUGCAUUAUCCUGCUGCUGUGUCUUCUGUUUCAACAACCAAAUGGAUAUUGGCCUUAUGGGUUGCCUGGCCAAGCUUCAAAUUUCAGCACAGUGUUGAUUCCCAUGACUGCUCUCAGCAAAACAGAGGCAACAUUCACUCAUUGCCCUUUUUUGUCAAACAAUAUAAAACACAGCUAG